GCCGACCUCCCCGGCCGAAAAUAUCCCCUCCAUCCUCAGCUCAGGCAGCGCCACCGCCGACCUCCCCGAAAAUAUCCCACGAGACCACGGCCACUGUGCGCAGGGGCCACGCGGCCAGCCAACUUGGCGCGCUUUCCGCUCGCCGUCGGCGGUCAAUGGAGCCCGCCGCCCACUGGUUGGCGGAAAGCGACAAAGCCCAAGGCAAUAAGAUAAGCGGCAACUUGUGCGACGCUUCCAGAACCCCUCCCGCUCCGGGCCUUCCAGAACCAUCGCCCGCCACGUCACCGCAAAAUAAGAUAAGCCGUCGUGGAGGCGAGGAUUCUUCCAAUCCUUCCAUUGCCGAAACGUCUGGAAACUUCGGAGUCGGAAGCCGGUACGUGGGGGGCGACCUGUAUAAAUGGGCGGCGAGCUUUUGCCCGCCUCAAGUACGAAGCAGUACAGAGCGAAAGGGAUAGGAGCUCUCUGUACUUUCUCCUGCCUUUCUCUCCGCAUCCAUGGUCUGCUCUCCUAACCUAGUAAUACUCCCUUAUCUUUUCAUCCCUAAUCCAUUCCUCUUCAAUCAAUCUCUCUACCUCUAUUCUCUGAUGUCCUAAAUUGGCCUAGCAGUAUUGCCAAUUCGCCAAUUUCUAACGAGUUUGCUUUGCUACUGCUCCAUUUCUUCACAAAGCUGCCUUUUCCCCUUCGUCCUUUUUAGCCUCUGAUUGCUAUUUGAUUCAGAAAAGGUCAGGUUCUGAUUAUCUGGAGGGCGAGUUUUGUUUAGUGAAGAUCGCCCCCCACUAAUUUGCCCAGUUCUUGAUUCUUUCUGCACCCCAAUUUUCCCCUGGUCCGACUAGCGGCGACCUGCAGGGAGUAAUCCCCAAUCUUCCAUUACUACAUUGUCUCUGUCUUUGUUUCCUCAUGGAUCCGUUCAAGUUCAACGGCAUUGUGAAAGAGGAGGAAUUCGAGUACUUCACCGGCGCCGCAGCGGAUGGCUAUCCGCCGUCCACUUGGGCCGCCGCGGAUGGCUCUUCCCCGUCCUCGUGGGAUGGCGCCGCAGGUGCCAUGGUGGAGCUGCCCCGGCCGAUGGACGGCCUCGGCGAGGCCGGCCCGACCCCGUUCCUCAACAAGACGUACGAGGUGGUGGACGACCACAGCACGGACACAAUAAUCUCGUGGGGCGUCGCCGGGAACAGCUUCGUGGUCUGGGACGCGCAGGCCUUCUCCACCGUGCUCCUCCCGCGCUACUUCAAGCACAGCAACUUCUCCAGCUUCGUCCGCCAGCUCAACACCUACGGGUUCAGAAAGGUUGACCCGGACAGGUGGGAGUUCGCGGCGGAGGGGUUCCUGCGGGGCCAGAAGGAGCUGCUGAAGACGAUCAGGCGGCGGCGCCCGCAGUCGAGCGCGCCGCCCGCGCUGCUGCAGCAGCGAGAGCAAGGGGCGGGGCCGUGCCUGGAGGUGGGGCAGUUCGGGCACGAGGGCGAGGUGCAGCGCCUGCUGCGUGACAAGGGUAUCCUGAUCGCGGAGGUGGUCAAGCUGCGGCAGGAGCAGCAGGCGACGCGGGAGCUGAUGGAGGUCAUGGAGGCGCGCCUCGCCUCCACGGAGCAGAAGCAGCAGCAGAUGACGGUGUUCCUAGCCCGCGCCAUGAAGAGCCCGAGCUUCCUCCAGAUGCUCGUUGACCGGCAGGACCGGCAGGCGCGGCGCAGGGAGCUGCAGGACGCGCUCUCCAAGAAGCGCCCCCGCCCCCCAAUCGAGUACCUCCCGCCACGCAACGGCGCGACUAACAGCAGCAGCGCCAGCUAUAGCCCCGCAGCGAUGCACGGCUACAACCCCGGGCUCGCCGACGGCGCGGUGAGAGCGGACGGAGGCGAGAGAGGGCGUGCAAACGGUGGCGGCGAAGACACGGAGCGGUUCUGGAUGGAGCUUCUGAGCCUGGGCCUAGAGGAGAAGCAGAGAGAGACUGGGGGCGGAGGAAGUGCGGAGGUGGACGACGACGUGGACGAUGAGGUGGAUGUGCUGGUGCAGGUGCUUUUUUCUUUUCUUGCCAUCGUGGAGAUGGAGAAGGAGGGAGGCAGAGAGCAGCUUGUAGGAGAUCUGCAAGAUGGGGAAGUUCGGCUGCUGCACUAUUCUGGAGCACAUCCUCGGCGGCGUUUCGACGGCCUCCAGCCGUCCUGCCGUCGACUCUUAUGGCCGAAAGGCGGCUGCUCCGAGCUCUGACGUGUGCGGCUGAUCUUCGGAUCGUUUGCCGGCGUCAACUCAUCACCAACCUCCCGGCCGGCGUGCCAAUGUGGAGGCCCUUCUUCUCCAGCAGCGCGGCGCUCUUCGGUUGCUUCAUCCCAAGUGGUCUCGUCCCCGGCGAUGUAGUUGCUGGCCGCGACUGGAAGAAUCGACGCGAGGAAGGUGGCGAUGGACCCGAUUGCUUUUCUGAUCUUAUUGUAAGGGUCUUGGUUGUAAAAGUUGAGGACUCGAUUUUAUUUUUAGAUUUCUUUGAGGUCCUCCUUGUAAAAUGUAUUGCCACCGAGUAUAAUUAAUGCAGCUUCUGG